AUGGACAGCAACAGCCGGAAUAUGAAUGUCAAUUCAGUAGUCAUAGCUCAUGAUAGUCUUUUUUCUGAAAAUGAACAGAUUUCAACUGAGACUGGAACAGCUGAAAUUGCUAAGGCAUUUUCUAGUAAGAUUUUAAAUGCUGGGUUUAUCAAUGAUAUUGGAAAAUUUGUUGGAACAUUUAUGGAUGAUUUGACAAAAAAAACAAUCAGUAAUUUCUAUGGAACCAUUUUUGGACUUAGUACCCAACUUGAAUUUAUAUCGGAAGUUGAAUUGUGGCAGAGCAAAUGCUUUAGAAUGAACAAGGACGGAGGAGGAGUCAAAUCACUCGCUAGUCUAAUAAAAUAA